AUGGCUGAGCAUCUGCUUCUCUGGCUCAACGGCCAGGCUGAUCUUCGAAUCGCCUACAGCUUUACGCUGGACGAGAUUGUUGUCUGUUUGCAGGAUAUCGUCAACCGCCCGGGGGUAUACGGCAUUCCCUCCCAGUGUGUAGGAAACCUGAUGUCAAUACAUCAGAACGUGACGCGACUUCGGUCGGUGAUUCCGCAGCACUAUAAAGCCAAGCGUGGCGUGGAGAUUGCUAACUUCUAUAACAGUUGUCCCGACGGCAGCGACUACCUCAUCCCUCCCCCGUCACAGAACAUCGCUCGCGAACCGAAUCCUCACUGGCCGUCCGCGGUAGCAAGCCUUCGUCUCAUAAAGUGGAAGCACGAGGGAAUCGCAUAUUGGGCGCUUCCAGACCUUCUAGGGCUGUUCAUGAGUAGUCUAGGCAGUGCUCCCACGGGGGCCACAAAGCGGAAUUUUUACCUUCCGCUUACCGCUGUCUUUGGGCAGUGGUGUAUGAAGCUCCUCGGGGAGGGGAAAUGGCCGGCAAUUUUCCAGUGCACUUGGACUGAGGCAGGGGAGUACUGCCUGGGCGCCUCGAGAGGAGGUUUUGCUGCCCGUGGGAUAGGAGGAUCCUGGCUGGCCGUUUUGGACCGCGCCCGAUAUGGGGUGAUAAGAUCGCCGUUGUUGACACUCGCCAACUGGUCGCAGGCAUGGACCCCCACCAUCCGAGCAUCAGGAAGAGGUCGGGGUACGCCAUUUGGCCGCUGCGGCGAGACCUAUCCCUUCCGCAGGAUUUUGAUGGCUCGCAGAACGGCUGAAGAAGCGGGGCGGGUGCAUGGCUUGGCUUUGUCCAAGAGGUACAUAGGCAUCGCACAUAUGUACGAUGACCGACUAUCUGGGGUCAUAUGGCGCAGCCUGGUAGACCCCUGCGCCAACUGUCGAUUCCUCAUCAGUCUUCACAACGGCGACGUCACCAAUUUCGACAAAGAAGCCGGAAGGGAGGGAGCUCCGCCUUGA